AUGGCGGGUGCUAUACACUCAUUCACGCAGUAUUGCUCGGUUCCGGCUGGCUUCUCACCGCAGCCAGAGUCGAUCGACGUCGCCCUCUGCCGCAGAGUGGCUGGCAUCUCGCGUGUCCCCGUCCCUUCGGUUAGCUUUCAGCUCUGUGGCUUAGUGGCAGCAACUGCUUUAGACCUCGCAGAGGUGUACUGUCCCCGAGAAUGUUCACGCGGCAAUCUCGAGAGUCCAUCAGGAGGGGACAACGCACUGACCACUAAGGAACAUCGGCCUGCACCAGGAGUGGAGCCGGCGAGUCAGUGGUAUCUUGUUGAUGAGCUAGACUCUGGUCUGAGCGGAAGGGAUCCGGGGAGGACUGUGGAAUGGAUGGCCUGUGCGAAGGGUGAGUCUGAACUAGCAAACGGUGUGGGUGGUCGCACCGCCGUCAAGGUUGUUCAAUGCGGUUUCAGCUCUCCGCGGACGUUGGCGUGGGAGACGACAUCGAACGGGUCAACAGACCCGCUUCCCGUGCAAGCCUGGCUCGGCACCGACCUGAACAACAAGUUCGCGAGUGCUCGUAUCGCUGUGAUCGGAUGCGGACGCCUCGGAAGGGAUGUAGCGAGGUGCUUGCUGCACACGGGCGCAUGCACAAAUCCUCGAGGCCGGAUGGUGUUCAUUGACCAUGGAGAUGAUUCUUCGAUUUAUACAUCUUCGUCGCCGGGCACAGCGCCUUUCCACGCCGAGUGUGACGUCAUCCAGGGCCGUGCGGCAGCACUUUGCGAGCUUGUAUCGGGGCGCAUCGACCCUGGUGGUUCGCGCAUGUCCGCUGUUGACGGUGCGGUUCAAGACACGGACACAGAAAUUGAUCUGUGGGAAGGAGUAGAUGCUGUUGUCAUCUGUGCUGGUCGCGGGAGUGGGAGGGAAGAAAGAAGGGGGCGGGGAGAAGGGGUCGAGGUAAUGGCCCCAUGCCGCACAAGUUGCCUCAUCUGCAGCUCCCACGGAGGGGUCAAGGACAUGAUUGAGCGCCGCACCAGCUCUAGUGUCGAGGCGAUGCCAUCACGAGACGGCCGAGCUCGACGAGCCCCUUGCUCGACCCCUGGAAACUGCUGCAGGGACGAAAGUCGAGGCGAAGCUUGGGCCCCCAAGGACCGCUGCUUCGGUGUAGCUCGCUCUGCAGUUGCCGGGGUGAUGGUAGCGGAACUCGCAAAAGUGCUAAAGCCGCGAUGUCGCCGUGACGAACUUCGAAACUGGACGCUCAAGGCUGAUAGCAGUUGCCACUGCGGCAACGGAGGCAUUCCUUCGAAAAGCUGGCGCAGUGGGGCUCAUGAUGACAAGACGAAAGAAGGCGAAAAGCUUCGACCAGCACCGGAAUCCGUCUCCGCGUCAGUCGAUCAACAAGCUGGCACGGCUGGAAGCACCCAUGUUCGAUCGGUUGUGACGUCGCCGGACCCCCCUUUGAUGGUAUUGUCGACGUCAUUCGACCCCUUUUCCGGAAACAGCCUUCGAGCUAUACCAGAAGGGUUCACGGAGUGGGGCGUAGAAGAAAUCCGUCCAUCAAUAGAGAUCAUCUCAACCCCAAGACUGCCAAAUGUAGACGUUGGCAAUCCCUUUUCUCUGCGAACACUUAUUUCGCUGGUCUUCGCUCGUUUCGGUGUCGAUGCCAAGAGCGUGGCAGCUGCCGCUCCGGGCUCAGAAUGUCGGGUAGGAUCUGGGGGGUGCCAGGAUCUGGGAGGGGCGUCUGGUGGGAAAAUUCUCUGGGCAGAGUGGGAGAAAGCUGGAGGGAACGAUAGUCGCCAGGAUGGACGUCGUACCGGAGGCGUCGUAUGCAAGAUGGAUCACAACGUGUUGAGUCUCUGGCAACAGCGAGUGCUGUCGUCGAGCACUCACGGUGAAGCAGGGAGACGAACACCGUGUGAACGGAAAGUGCCGCGGUUCUUAUUUUUAGAUGUCCGCGGGGUUAUCGGCGGGGAAAACGCCGUGCUCCCCGUGCUCAAGUAUUGGGUACGAUGA